AUGACUGAGACGCUCGACCUCGUCGUCGUCGGCGCCGGCUGGUUCGGCCUCUGUGCCGCCAAGACACAGCAUCAGCUGCACCCCGAGGCCACCCUGGCCGUGCUCGAUGCGGCGCCGACCGUGGGCGGCGUCUGGGCCGAGCACCGGCUGUACCCCGGCCUCAGGAGCAACAACAUGCUGGGCACGUACGAGUACCCGGACUUCCCCAUGGACACGGCGACGUACGGCGUGAAGCCGGGCGAGCACAUACCGGGCGCCGUCGUGCACAAGUACCUGGCCGACUACGCGGCGCACUUUGGCGUGGCGGCGCACGUCCGGACCAACACCAAGGUGGUGUCGGCGGAGAUGCGGGACGAGGCCGCGGGCGGCGGGUGGACGUUGACGUUGGAGGGCCGAGUAGACGGGAAGGCGACAACGACGACGACUACGCUGGUCGCGCGCAAGCUGAUUGUCGCGACGGGCCUGACCUCGGAGCCGUUCCUGCCACACAUUGCCGGCGAGGAAUCGUUUGGCGCGCCGCUGUUCCACAGCCGGGAUUUCCUGCAGCACGCAGACACGCUGGAUGUCGCCACAGAAGGAUCCACCGCGGAGACGGAGGCGGCGGCGACGGCGGCGGCGGCGGCGGCGGCGGCGGCGCCCAAACGGGUGGCCGUGUUCGGCGGCACCAAGUCGGCCUGGGACAUGGUCUACGCGUACGCCGCCAAGGGCAUCGAGGUCGAGUGGAUCAUCCGGUCGACGGGCCACGGCCCCAUCUGGCAGGCGCCGCCCUACGUGACGCCGCUCAAGAAGUGGCUCGAGAAGCUCGUCAUGACGCGCAUGCUGACCUGGUUCAGCCCCUGCGUCUGGGGCGACGCCGACGGCUACACGGGCGUGCGCGCCUUCUACCACGGCAGCGCCCUCGGCCGCCGCAUCACCGACGCCUUUUGGCGCAUCUUGGGCGGCGACGUCAUCGCCCUCAACAAGUACAGCGCGCACCCGGAGACGGCCAAGCUGCAGCCCUGGAGCGAGGCCAUGUUCACGGCGUCGUCCUUUUCCAUCCUCAACUACCCGACCGACUUCUUCGACCUCGUGCGCCGCGGCACCGUGCGCGUCCACAUUGCCGAGAUCGCCGCGCUGUCGCCCCACACCGUCCACCUGGCCGACGGCACGCGCCUCGCCGGCCUGUCGGCGCUGGCCUGUGCCACGGGCUGGAAGCACGUGCCGCCCAUGGCGUUUCUGCCGGCGGGCAUCGACCGCGCGCUGGGCCUGCCGCACGCGCCCGCGGCCGACAGCGGCGACGAGCCCGUGUGGACGCCGAGCGCCGUGGCGCGCGCCGACGAGGAGAUCCUGGCGCGGUUCCCGCGGCUCGCGCACCCGCCCGUGCAGAACAAGGCCCUGGCGCCCUUGCUGGCGUCCGGCGGGCUGUCGAGCGCCGACGCCGUCACGCCGUCGACGCCGCUGACGCCCUACACGCUGUACCGGUUCGUGCUGCCGCCCGCCGAGCGCUUCGUGCGCCGCCGCGACAUUGCCUUUGCCGGCGUCGUCAUGAACUUUUCCGUCGCCCUCUCGGCCCAGCUGCAGGCGCUCUGGAUCCUGGCCCUGUUCGACGGCACGCUGCCGGCCGCCGUCGUGCCCCCCGCGACCGCGCCGCCGGCCGCCUUUGCCCAGGGCCUUGACGCCCUCCAGUACGCCACCGUCGUGGCCGCGCGCUUCGGCAAGUGGCGCUACCCGGCCGGCCACGGCAGCCAGUUCCCCGACUUUGUCUUUGACGCGCUGCCCUACUUUGACCAGCUGCUCCGCGACCUCGGCCUUCCCAUCUACCGCAAGGGCGGCGGCUUUCUGGCGGAGGCCACGCACCCCUAUGGUCCUGAAGACUACAAGGACAUCGUCUCUGAGUGGCAGGCCAAGGUGAAGGAGAACGAGGCGGGCCGACCAGGACGUAGCACAAAUACCGGCCUACCGACCUCCCACACUCGUUCCCUCCGACCUGUCGCCGUGCGCCCGCGUCAUCUCCCAGCCCCGGUGGCGGUACCGCGCCGGCCAGAUGCCGCACCGCCCGGGCGCCAGAAUGCCGUUGGGGUCCAGCGCGUCCUUGAGCCGCUCGUGCAUCGCCAUCAGCGCGCCGUCGUUCCAGCGGUACGUCCCCGCCACCUGGUCCAUCAGCGCCAGGUGCGUGCGGUACUCGCCGUAGCCCAGCGCCGCCGCGUCGUCGACCAUGUCGCGCAGGCACGCCAGCGCCGCCGCCUUGCGCGCCGCCGACGUCCGGUCAAAGACGAGCUCGACAAUCAGGUGCAUCUCGCGCAGGCCGACGCAGAACGCCGGGAAGCAGUCGAUGCCGUGCUCGGCGUGCCGCGCGCGCGCCAGCGCGUAGAGCGCCGUGGCGUCGGCGCCGCGGAUGGGGCUGACGGGCGAAAAGGCAAUGUGCGCGCCGUUGGGCACCCACUGGCACCAGCGCAGCUCGUGGAGGUCGGGGGUGCCGGACGCGAUGCGGUCGCGCGACCAAAAGUACUCGUCGGCCGGCAGCGUGGCCGUGUCGAUUUGGCGGCAGCCGGGAAUGCGUCGGAAGGCGGCGUCGAUGGUCGCCAGUUUGGGCGCCCGGGCCGCGGGCGGGCCAUACGCCGUGCCGUAGUAUGCCCAGGUAUGGUCGCCGACGGGGCUCGCGGCCGCCGCCGCGUGGAUCACAUCCUGCGGGACGAGGCCGUCCACGGGAGCGUAAUAGUUGGUCCGCGGGAGGCCGCGAACGGCGACGGAUUGCGUGACGUGGCGAAGCUGCGCGACGUUUUCGAGAAUGUUGCGGAUGCGCAGCGGUCGGAUGAUGUCGAUCUGUGUCGGCUUGUGAGAAUACGAGUGGGAAUGUCAAAGGAAACGCAGACUACCGACAACCGACUCACCAACGGUGCCAGAUCCUCCUCCAACGACGUUCGCACCACGUACAAAGCUCUCGUGGCCGCCGGGAUUCGGCAUCAGCGUCAUGCCCAUCUUUGUCACAAUGCCAAAAUUCGACUGCGAAAAGAGGCCGUCCGAAUAGGGCCCAAAGCCGUACGGAAACGCCUGCCACGUGUUGUUGCCCGGCAGCGCGCCCAUCCCCGUCCGCACGACCUCGCCCGUCGGCAGCACCACUUCGAGGCCCGCGUGCAUCGCCCAGUGGUCGCCAUAAGGCGUAUAGCCGACGCCGCGGUCCACCGUGUUGCCGAUCACCGAUCCACCGCCCAGGUCCGGCACGUCCACCCACAGCAUGUCGCCCAGCCCGCGCGCCUGGAUCGCCUCGUGCAGCGCGUAAAAGGACACGCCCGGCUCCACGAGACAGGUGAAGUCGUCGGCAUUGAUGUCGAGAAUCGCCCGCAUGCGUCGUCCGAGGUCCACCACUACGGAACCACGCACCCGCGGCGCCGCGCCACCAUAUCCUACUGGGAUGCGUUAGAUGGGGGGGGGGGUUGA